CUCAUUUUCAUCGAAAUGAAAUCAAGAUUUAAUGUACAGAUACAAAAUUACAACGUUUUCUGGAGAUGUUUUAUUAAAGAUUCAGAUAAUUGUCAGACAUCCGGCAACACUGCAGACUGCUCCCACCCUUGUGCCAAGGUUAGAUCAUAACAAGAAACAUUUGGAUGCAGUAGUAGCACAAGAAGAUUUGGCCAUGGCUUCAACCAAAAAAUCAAAUCUGCCCCCAUGAUCGAUAGCCAAUUUAUGGAAAAGGAUCUCAACGACGUCUUUACUUUUGAAUUUGAAAAGCCCCAAUUUGAGCUUUUGGGAAAAGCAAAGAAGAAAUUGGCAAUGUGCAAGGUGGAAAAGGAAGUGAAUGGCGAGCUCAAACCAUGUAGCUUCAAGACAAGUGAAGCAAGUGCCGUGAAAAGUUUCAACCUUUGGUGGCAUGUAAAACAUAACCAUCCUGAAAACUAUGCAGCUCUGGUUACAAAAAAGGACCAGGAAGAUGAGGCAAAACCGAAAGCUGACGUGGCUGAACAACAUUCAUCUGUCUCUUUGAAAACUCCUGGAGAAAAGAUUUUUUGUGGAGCUUUAUCUGAAAAGAAACCCAAAAUUGAGCAAACAAAACUUGACUCAUAUUUGAAGUCCUCAAAGGUUACAGUCAUCAUGGAUGCCAAUGCUUUCCGUGAAGGGAUGAUGGAAAUGGUUUGCUUGAGUUCAACACCGCUCACUACCUUCAGGCUAAAGAACAAAGGAUUCAAAAAAAUUGCAGGUGAAAUGGAUCGGCAGCUUGGCAUUUCAACGGGGCACGAUGCGGUUCGUCAUAUAAUUGUCAGCACAGCUGAGUCUGGUUGCAAAGAGCUCAAGAAAGCUUUGGAGCAAAAAUUGUGCUACCUGAAAAUGCAUGUGGCAACCCAUGGAAACAGAAAUUUCCUUGCAAUCAAUACUCAGUACUACUAAGAAGGAAAAGAUAAAACUGUGGCAAAAACCUUAGACAUAAUCAACGGUGAAGGGCAUCACAACUCUUUGUACGUGAAAAGUCAAGUAAAAGCUAUUUUAGAAAAAUUUGGGAUCAGUGAAAUGCAAGUGCUAAGCAUCUGCGUUGACAAUGCAGCAAACAUGAUGUGUGCUGUUAAAAAUUUCAGUGAGGACAAUGAAACCAUUUCUACCUCUGAGAACAGGGAUGUGAACAGAACUGAAGCUAUUUUGCCUGAUGAAGGAACUAAAGGAAUGGAUGAAAUCGAACUCAACAUGGAUGCUGCUGCGCAAUGGGUUAAUGACCCUAGUCUCAUACUUCCAACAUCUGGCUUCAUGAGGAUGACUCAAAAGUCCAAAAGACUAUUCACACUUUUCAGUUGGCAAUCUGGGAUGGACUGAACAAGGAACACGCAAAGAAAUUUCUGGCAAAAAUUUGACAAGUAAUUGUCAAACUACGAACCCCAAGUAUUUGAAGUGUUCUGCUUGAUUUACAUGGGGUAACUCAAUCAUUGGAUACUGUGACUCGCUGGGGUUCAACAUUUGCAAUGAUUGAUCGGCUUCUCGUUUUUCAAUCUUACUGUGAACAAUUGGCUGCUGCUGGAAUAAGAGCACUCAAGUUAACAGAACCAGAAUGGGGCAAAGUGAAGAACCUGUGAGACCUCUUGGCAAAGCCAAACCAAACAACCAUGAAUCUUCAAGCUGUCUAUGUAACCUUGGGAGUUUUAAUGAAGGAUUGGCGAAAACUGUCAAAAUUCUUGCAAGAAAAUGGUGGACAAAUUGCAGAAGCAAUUCUGUCCUCCAUGCAGAAACUCAAAUAGAAGCUUUUUGACAAUAUUCAUUUCCUUGCUGGAGUUUAUGUUGACCCACGAUAUCGGAUUCUUCUUACCUCAAGGGAAAUACCAAAGGCAAAGGAAGGGCUCCUUGAUAUUGCUCGACAACUCGAAAAACAAAAUCUAUUGCUACAUUUGAACUCGGCGAAAGAGGUUGAAGAAAAUGAAACACAACAAAAGGAGUCAUCAACAAUCAAAUUUGUGGUUUUGGAAAGUUCACAUCCUUCAGAAAUAGCAGGCUGUUCUCAAACUUCCAUCUCCACUCUGAACUUGUUUGAGCAUCCAUCCUGGAGACGUCUUCAAUCUUCAUGGGGAAAUGGAGAUAAUUCAAGCAUCAAUUCUUCAGAAGAUGACGACUUCGAAAAAGAAUUGGAUAAACAAGAAAGACUUCAAAAAGGAAUUGAAUGAACAAGAGAGAUGUCAACGAAACAACGUUAACUGGGAUGACUUUCAGUGAGGAGUUUCUGUACAGUUUCUUCUGCUCCUUUGGAACCCACGUAACUUUAGGAGGGCACCCUUUGCAAUUACUAGCUCCCUUUCACUGCUGCCAGAACUGUGGCAAAGUGUCAGUAGUCUACACUGGGAGCAGCUGACCACCGCAGUCUGGAUACUUUAUCCUGGGCGAUGGGCACAGCAGCAGACGAUAGAGUCUCAUCGCGUGGUGAGAACACUCAUUCCUCUCCAUUCGUAGCUCUAGAGGGUGUUAAACAGAAGCUACCAAAGUUAAACAUUUUAAAAUCAGCAGGUCCAGAUAACAUCCAAGAGUUUUAAAAGAGCUGACUGAGGCAUUUGCUGGACUGUUACUGUUGAUUUUCAAUAAGUCUUGGAGCACCGGGGAAAUUCCAGGAGACUGGAAGAAACCUAACGUACCAAAUUUUAAAAGGGUAGACAGUAUGAUGGGCGUAAUUAUAGGCCUGUUAGCCUGACAUCGAUCCCAGGCAAGAUAAUGGAGCAGCUGAUACAGGAAUUGAUUAAUACACAAUUUAAGGAGAGUAAUGUAAUACAUGCCAAUCAACAGGGGUUUAUUCAAAAUAGACCCUGUCAAACUAACGUGAUAUCUCUUUUCGAUGCGAUUACAAAUUUGGUUGAUAAAAGUAGUAUUGUUGAUUUAAUAUACUGACCUCUGUAUGGCGUUUGACUUGGUGCUGCAUGAUGUUCUGAUAAAAAAUGACAAUAUAAAAUUAACAUGGUACACAUUAAAUGGAUUAAA